GUGCUUUACCGCUGGGACGUCAGCUCCUUCUUCCAGAAGAUCCAGAGAAGCAGUCUCAACAAUAACCCCCUCUUCCAGUACAAAUACAUAGCGCUCUACCUGCAUUAUGUCGGUUUCAUCGACACUGAACAGAGUACUUACAGACUCGUCACACAUGGCAUAGCGGACAAUAAAUGACCACAGGAACCAAGCCACAAAACACGUGAUGCUACAGAUCAGUUAAGUUCAUUCAACCUUUGGCAAAUAUUGGCAUGUAUUGUGUCUUUAAACAGUAUAUGCUUGGUUAACAAUUGGAUGAAAGUAACUUUGCAACUUCACUACAGAGUGUGUUUGAUAACAUAAGCUUCAUCAUCCUGUGGUAUGUGAAGACGAAAUGGAAAGACCAGCUGCAGUCUGCCUCCGACCCACACACACACACACACACACACGCACACACACACACACCCCCCAUACCUAUAAAGCAACAUGGCAGAGCUAGACAUGCAUUCUCACGCCACACUAGCUGGACCUUUUCUGAAUAUAAGGGAUAGUUCCCCCAAAAUGAAAGUUUUGUCAUCAUUUGCUCACCCUCAUGUCAUUCCAAACUUGUAUGACUUUCAUUCAAGGAACAUAAAAUGACAGUGUUAAGGCAGAAUGUUAGUCUCACCAUUUAUUUUCACUGCAUUUUUUUCCAUACAAUGAAAGGGAAUGUUGACCAAUUAACAUUUUGCCUCUCCUUUUGUAUUUUAUAUGUGAAAUCUGGCCCAGCAGUCUCCAUAAAAUGAUUUUGAAAAUCCUCAUCCAGUCAUCAGGAACGACUGGAAAAAUCAUGCAAAAUCAAUGUUUAAAAGUGGUUAUAUCCUCAGUCUGGUGUUGUUGACUUUACCCCGGCAGCGCCUGGUGCAGCUCUACCUCUAUGUCCUCACGGCUCUUCUGCUCUUCGCUGGACACCAGCUCUCAAGGGAUUAUGUACGUGGCGAGCUGGACUCGGGCUACGAGGGACCCCUUUACCUGGAGCCACUUUCCAUGAACCGCUUCACCACGGCACUCAUUGGUCAGCUUGUGGUGUGUACGCUGUGUUCCUGCGUCAUGCAGACCAAACAGAUCUGGCUGUUCUCUGCUCACCUGCUCCCUCUGGUGGCCAGACUCUGCCUUGUGCCCCUGGAGACCAUUGUCUUCAUCAACCGCUUUGCCAUGAUCUUCACCGGUCUCGAGGUGCUGUACUUCUUGGCCACCAACCUGCUUGUGCCCUACAAUCUGGCCAAAACUGCCUACAGAGAGCUGGUGCAGGUGGUGGAGGUGUAUGGUUUGCUUGCUCUGGGCAUGUCUCUGUGGAAUCAGCUGGUCCUGCCUGUGCUCUUCAUGUGCUUCUGGCUGGUACUGUUCGCACUGCAGAUCUACACCUACUUCAGCACACGGGACCAGCCGCCCUCCCGAGAGAGACUGCUCUUUCUCUUCCUCACCAGUGUUGCUGAGUGCUGUAGUACUCCCUACUCUCUGCUGGGACUGGUCUUCACUGUGUCUUUUGUGGCGCUGGGCGUCCUGACACUCUGCAAGUUCUACCUGCAGGGCUACAGAGCUUUCAUGAAUGACAACACCAUGAACAGGGGCAUGACAGAGGGAAUCACUCUGUUAAUAUUGGCUGUUCAAACUGGACUCAUUGAGCUGCAGGUCAUUCACAGAGCCUUCCUCCUCAGCAUCAUCCUCUUCAUCGUGGUGGCCUCCAUCCUGCAGUCCAUGCUGGAGAUCGCUGACCCGAUAGUUCUGGCACUGGGGGCCUCCAGAGACAAGAGUCUGUGGAAGCACUUUCGAGCAGUGAGUCUGUGUCUCUUCCUACUGGUCUUCCCUGCUUACAUGGCAUACAUGAUCUGCCAGUUCUUCCACAUGGACUUCUGGCUGCUCAUCAUCAUCUCCUCCAGCAUCCUUACCUCGCUGCAGGUUCUUGGCACGCUUCUGAUCUACGUGCUCUUCAUGGUGGAGGAGUUCCGCAAGGUACCUGUUGAGAACAUGGAUGAAGUCAUCUACUAUGUCAAUGGCACCUACCGGCUCCUAGAGUUUCUGGUUGCUGUCUGCGUGGUGGCGUAUGGUGUUUCAGAGACUCUGUUUGGGGAGUGGACAGUUAUGGGCUCCACCAUCAUCCUGGUUCACUCCUACUAUAACGUGUGGCUGAGGGCCCAGCUGGGCUGGCAGAGCUUCCUGCUGCGCAGAGAUGCAGUCCACAAGAUCCAGAACAUGCCCACUGCUUCCACACUGCAGCUCCAGCAGCAUAAUGACAUCUGUUCUAUUUGCUAUCAGGAUAUGAAAUCUGCUGUCAUCACACCCUGUAGCCACUUUUUCCACGCCGCCUGCCUGAAGAAAUGGCUGUACGUUCAAGAGACCUGUCCUCUCUGUCAUGGCCAGCUCAAAAGCCAGUUACAGCCAACCAGCCCUCCCGGUACCACUCCACCAGCCCUUCAAAACCCAGGAGAGGUGGGACACGCUGAACCACAGGCUGAGUUGGAGACCGAGGAAAACACUCAAGCAAAAAGCACUCCUCCUAUGACAACCACAGCUGAGCCAGAAUUUGAAAAGGACCCUCCAUCGGGGAGUUUGCAAACCCAGCCCAAAGAAUGUGACAUGGCAUCAGGAAAAGAGAGCAGCACAGGCCCAGCUGCUGAUGUGGAUACAGAGGGUUCAUGCUCCACAUCAGGUGUCCAUUCCUCUUCCGAAUCAAAGAGCAGCGCUAAAGCGGAUUUAGCCUGUUAGGUGUCGCCUUGCAGAGGUUUUCUUAUAGCCAAUGUUGAGGACACCUUUAGUAGAUGUUUAGGGAAUAGUUCUCCCAAAAAUGAAUUCUUUCAUCAUUUGCUCACCCUCACAAACCACUUUUUUUGAAGUUUAGCGGAAUGUCCAGUUUUAUUUUCCAUACAAUGAAAAUAAAUGGGGACAAAACUGCAGAAUUCAUCAAAAAUUAACAUAAAAGCACCAUAAAAGUAGUCUAUGCAGCUCGUCUUUUGAUUGCUUUUUGUGAGUAAAAGACAGAAGUUAUUCACUGAAAAUCUUCACCUCUGCUGUAGCCCUCAAAUCGCAUUCAUAUUUCGACAUAUUCAAAUUUGGCAUUUUUGACACGCCACAUUUGAAUAUAUGCGAAUGAUAUUGGAGAGCUGCAGCAGAGGGGAAGAUUUUAGUUUCUAUCUGUUCCUCAGAAAAAGCUAUCAAAUGUUCAGAAGACUUGGAAUAUAGGGCAAAAGUUUGGUAUUGACUACUUUUAUGAUCUAUUUCUGAUGCUUUUGUCAUUUUUUGGAGAUGGCAUCCUCAUUGACUUUCAUUAUGUGCAAAAGAGCAUCUGGGAAAAUCUGCUAACUUUCUCUGUGUAAUCCACUGAAUAAAGAGAAGAAAAAACCAUACUGCCAUAGUUGGGAACAACAUGAGAGUGAAUAAAUGAUGACAAGAAUUGUUUUGUUUUUGGGGGAACUAUCCUUUUCAGACGUUCACAUGUGUCUUUUGGGUGAUUGGUCAUAUUUAACCCCCAAUCAAUAAAAAAAGAGAUUAGAUUUUGCAUAAAAAAGAAAAAGAAAAAGUGAAGCCUACAUUUGGAACAUUAAUAUGUUUUGCAUUUUGACUAUUUUCAGACCACUUAAGCACAUUUUAUCCCCCAAUUCUCGUAAUGCGUCUGGAUAUUUUACUUCCACUUUUCCCAUUGUUUUGAAUGAUUCUCAGUUCUCUAACACAGUAAUUGUUUUACUUUAUUACUGUAAAAAUGAUGCUGUUGUAUUAAAAUCAGCAAAAAAUGCCGUACCAAGAGAGUACUGUGUAAAUACUUCAAUAUUUAUAUAUAUAUAUGUAAUUAUUUUUUAGUGUUGUGUUCAUGAAAAUUGGGGGGUAAAGUGUGCAUAACUGUCAUUAAAUAAUGCCACAAUGUAAAAAAAAAAAAAACAAACAAAUGUAAUGGUCCUAAAAGUAGGCUUCAUUUUCUAUUUACAAAAUAUAAUUUCUUAUUUGCCACUAUUGAUUUUAGAGUAAAAUAGAACCAGGAAAUUUUUUGACAGGUUUUAUGAGAUUCAUCCUUUUACUUAUUUUUGUAUGAGCUAUUCACAAUAUUGCUGGUCAAAAGACAUUUCGGAAUCAUUUUCAAGUUGUGUCCAACCAAAAUAUGGACUUCAUCUCCUUGGAAAUAAUAGGCAAUUCAUGCUUUAUAUGCUAUGCUAAUGUACAUUAUUUGUUGUGCUUAUUGGAAUUGAGAAAUGUGUGUGUACAUAAAAUGGUAAAUUCCCUGGAAGUGUAUCUACAAAUGAGCCAUCGUAGAAUCAAGACCCCUGCUAAGAAGUGAAACUGAAGAAUGUUCUUUCAAGUGCCAUUAAGCCGGAUCAUCAUAUGUUUUAUUACAAUGAGCUUCCCAAUAUUUCCCCAAUUUUAAAGGGACAUCUGACCCCAAACUGCUUUUUCAUUUCGCCCUAUAUAUAUUUGUCACUGUUUCUCAUGUUAACCAUUAGUGCAGAUAACGUCAACUCGUCAGUUUGGCAGUUGGCUUGAUUCCUAGAAACAGGCAUCAUUGAAUGCAAAUUGCAGACUGUAAACCUGUUUUCUGGUUUUAAUGAACAUUUAGAAAGUAGACAAUCGAUUCAAAACAAAUAUUUUAGGGUGGAUGCUCCAUUUGAAGAACUUUAUGCAUUUUCCUAGAAUGAAAUUGGCAUGUUUUUUCUUACUGUAUAAUAUGUUAUGGAUGGCUUUUGACUUGGUUGUAUCAGAAGUGUUUAUAACACCAUUAACGACGGGACUUGAUUUAGAUGUUAAAGGUAUAGUUUACCCAAAAAUAAAAAUUCUGUCAUUUACACUCAUGUUAGUCAAAAGGUUUUUGAACAACAUGAGGGUGAGAAAAUAAGAGUUUUCCGUUUUUGGGCAAACGAUCUCUUUAAAAGCAGACUAAAGUUUAGCCAUUAUUUCUAAGCUGUCAGUAACACUAUUUUGUUUGCCAGAGAAGUUACGCCAAACUAUAUGUUUGCACUAAUGUCGUUUCAAGCGAAUAAUCGAUAAUUUUUUCUUUGUCUUGGGCAACAAAUGCUCUCGGAGCAAAUUAAGUAUUGCUCAGUAUAAAUGUGUGUACAUAAAUGGGUGAAUUUAUUCCUUUGUAAAUUCUUUUAUGAUGUUUUUAAUAUGCCAUACAGUGUUAAAGCAGCAGUGAGCAUUAUGAAGUGUAUGGAGGACUGUGUGAACACUUCGACCUCUCAAUAGGCAGAUGUGGGAUUGAUCCUCCAAAUACUGAUUGUGGAUUUGCUGCCUCGUUGAUCUUACUGUGAUUCGUAGACACAUUUCAUAAUGGCAGGUUUGUGUGGAUGAAUACAUCUGAUGUAUGAGGAAACACACAAGUCAUUCAAAACACAUUUCUGUAUUCUGAGUUUUUGCACAAUUUUAAAAGAAAAUAAAGUGCAAGUGGAGCUUGAA